GGGCCUGCGGCGGGCGGGGCGGUCUUCGGCCAACUCCGGGCCGCUUGCUGGCUCUAGGGUAGUGGCGGGUCCUCAGCGGGGUCGCGCUGGACGACAGGCCCGGGGGGGCGGCCAGGGCGGCCUGCACACCGACAGCGGCCGAGACGCAGGCUCCCGUCUGUCUCUCCCGCGCCUGCGAGCGCCGCGCCGCGCCAUGGCCGCGUCGCCGGGUUCGGGCAGCGCCAACCCGCGGAAGUUCAGCGAGAAGAUUGCGCUGCACACGCAGCGGCAGGCCGAGGAGACGCGGGCCUUCGAGCAGCUCAUGACCGACCUCACCCUGUCGCGGGUUCAGUUUCAGAAGCUUCAGCAACUACGCCUCACACAGUACCACGGAGGCUCCUUACCAAACGUGAGCCAGCUGCGGAGCAGCACCUCAGAGUUUCAGCCAUCAUUUCACCAGGCUGACAAUGUCCGUGGGACCAGGCACCACGGGCUGGUGGAGAGACCAGCCAGAAAUCGCUUCCACCCGCUGCACCGAAGGCCUGCAGACAAGCCAGGGCGACAGUUUGAUGGAGGUACAUUUGGAGCCAAUUACGCUUCACAGCCUCUGGAUGAGAGUUGGCCAAGGCAGCAGCCUUCUUGGAAAGAAGAAAAGCAUCCUGGGUUCAGAUUAACGUCUGCUCUUAACAGGACCAAUUCCGAUUCUGCUCUUCAUACAAGUGCACUGAGCACCAAGCCUCAGGACCCCUAUGGAGGAGGGGGCCCAUCAACCUGGCCUGCCCCGUACAUGGGUUUCUGUGAUGGGGAGAAUGAUGGGUCCGGGGAAGUAAUGCCAUUCCCUGGCCCGUUGAAAGAAGAGAAUCUGUUAAAUGUCCCGAAGCCACUGCCAAAGCAACUAUGGGAGACCAAGGAGGUGGGUGAGCAUCCCCAGUGUGCUUGUCACUGGUCAUCUGCAGGCUGGAGGUCAUUAUCAAGUCCUGCAGGGGCAGAAACAGAACUGAGAAAAGAGGAAGAAAGGAUUUGUCAGGGGAAAGAGAUCCAGUCCCUGUCAGGGCGCCCUCGGUCCUGUGAUGUUGCAGGUAGCAAUACGCACCCCCAUAAUGGGCAAAACAUAGGCCUCUCACCCUUUCUGGGGAGCCUGAACACAGGAGGGUCACUGCCGGAUCUGACCAACCUCCACUGCUCAACGCCACUACCAGCUUCUCUGGACCCCAGUGACCACCUCCUGGGCAGUGUGAGCGUGGGCAGCAGCAUGGGCAACCUCCCCGCUGCAAUGACUCACCUGGGCUUACGAAGCUCCUCUGGUCUGCAGAGUUCUCGGAGUAACCCCUCCAUUCAAGCCACGCUCAAUAAAAUAGCGCUUUCCUCUUCCCUAAACAGCCACCCACAGACAUCUAUUGCCAAUGUGUCUGCUCUGCACCCCACCCUGCGUCUGUUCUCCCUUAGCAACCCGUCUCUCCCCACCACAACCCUGAGCGGCCCCUCACGGCGCCGGCAGCCUCCUGUGAGCCCCCUCACGCUCUCUCCUGGCCCAGAGGCCCAGCAAGGCUUCAGCAGACAGUUCUCUGCCACCAGCCCGCUGAACCCGUACCCUGCCUCCCAGGUGGUGUCCUCAGAGCAAAGCCCACUGUCCUUCCUGCCAUCCGAAGCGCAGGCCCAAGUGUCCCCACCACCCCCCUACCCUACGCCCCAGGAACUUCCGCAGCCCCUCCUGCCGCAGCCCCGCUCCCAGGAGCUCCCUGCUCCACAGCCACAGGCCGCCUCAUCACUGUCACAGUCAGACUUCCAGCUUCUCCCAUCCCAGGGGACGUCUUUGACCAACUUCUUUCCAGAUGUGGGCUUUGACCAGCAAUCUGUGAGGCCAGGCCCAGCUUUUCCCCCACAGGUGUCCCUGGCACAGCCAGGUCACAGAGAAGCACAGGACUCAUUUCACUUGAGGCCAAACCUGUAUUCCAACUGUGGGAACUUUCCAAACUCCAUCAUAACAGAAGAUUCCAGCACCAGCCUGUUCAAAGACCUCAGCAGUGCUCUGGCAGGCAUGCCCGAGGUCAACCUGAACAUGGACACUGCAUUUCCACUGGAAGAGGAGCUCCAUAUUGAACCCCUGAGCCUAGAUGGACUCAGUAUGCUGAGCGACUCUGGCAUGGGCCUGCUUGAUCCCUCUGUGGAAGAGACAUUUCGAGCUGACCGACUGUGAGCAGGAGGCCACAGCAGAAAGGUCUCUGAACCAGCCAAACUAGAGUGGAAUAGAGUGGAGCCAGUAACCUGCUAGGACUUUAGUUAUCUCCACACAGAGGAUGCCCAUUCUGCAGCUCUGGGCUUUCAUGCAGUCCCCUCUUGGACACCAUGGCUUCUCUAGACAGAGUUACAUCCUGCCUCUUGGGCCUGCACACAUGUUGUCCCCUGAUGCUUCCAUAUUUUUACUGGCCAUUAGUCAGUCUGUGUGUAAAAGUAGAAAACUGCACAUAAGAGGAGGCCUCAGUAGCAUUGUGUCAUGCUCAGAACCACUGAUCUCAGUCCACACUGAAGAUACCUUGGCUUGGGAGGCCGUUGGGCCCAGCUGUGGACAUGACAAUACUGGAGCACCACACCAACCCAUGAAGGCACAGUGCCUUCCAGCUGAUGGCAUCCCAAGGCUUUGCCCAGAGCCAUGCCAGUAAACCAAGGCUCUUUCAGGCGCCUCACUUACCUUAUGAAGAAGCUUAGCCACCAGGCUGAGGACAGGCUUGAUCCAGCAAACCAAAUGCUAGUUCGCUUUCUCUCAGUCUGUAAUCUCUUUUCUGCUGCUUUAUACCUUUUCCUUAAGGACAAGAGGAAAAGGAAGACUUUUAUUUAGUCACUGAAAAAGAGGAAUGCCUGGGAAGAACUGCACUCCUGGAGGCUGGGGAAGAAAGAACACCGCAGGUCACCCAUAGACAACUCCAAACAAGUACAGGCCUCCCUCCCUGCAGGCCAGCUGGGGUGCCUCCAGCCCCAAGCUCCUGCUUUGUGAAGUGGGAGUUUCCUAUAACCCUGCCUGACUGCCAGCUCCCAGAGGGCAGAUACUGUGCCUUACUCACCAAGCCCCUAGUGCCUAACAAGUGCCUGGCGCGAAAACUAUACUGUAGAACUGUGUGCUGGGUGCAUGCGUGGGUUUGCCCCAUGGUGAGGUGAUCUCACCUAGAGCUGCCCUAUUCCCUACCAGGGCUUCUGAGCCUACCUUUCCUCAUGCUGGUACUUGUGCUUAAGUCACCAUGCAUUUUAUUGUGCUUGUAACACUAGAUGACCAGAGUCACAGGAGACGGCACCAUCUCCUUGGGGCUCUGCUGCAUAGUGGUAGGUGGGAAUUGCUGCCCAAGUAGAUCUGGAAUGGCUGAGCAAACCCACCCUCCCCAGGGCUGGCACCUGAAGAUCCUCAUAAGGCCUCCACCUCGUGAGAGCUUCCUUCUCACAUCCAUGCUGUGCUCUGAAUUGAGGGAGGGAAGACUGAGAUACUUAAAAUUUUGUGCUGUGAAGUUGGAGCAUAGUAAACAAAGGCCUAAUCCACAGAACUGUUUUUAACUCAUUAAUGCCUUACCAUAUUAGUAGUAUGAGCAGAUUUCCAGCAGUGCCUGCCUCCAUGAACUGAGCUUGGGAAUAGAACCAUGGUGCCCAGCAACCAUGUAGAGAGAACCAGGCGGGGGGAGGGGGUAGCUCUGAAGGAUGAUCGGGUGCAUACCAGAGCCUUUGUGCCCCAGGGUGUGUGAUGAACCAGCAUCCUGUGCCUAUAGCAAGGGAGUCUGUUCCUAUCCCAGAUAGUGAGCUCACCAGCCCUUGCCCAUUUCUCUCAUGUCUUCUAAGGGCUGACCUUUGACCUUUCCAACAGUUCCACAGUACAUCACUCUGUCUUCCUCAGAACUGAGAAUUCCUGCCUGCCUGUUUACCAGAGUCUCCGCUGUUGAGUUAGGAGGUCACCCUAGAGUCUUCCUUGCUCAAUUUCCGCUCAGUAAGGAGCUGUUGGCCUCCUCUGAAAGUCUUAUUGCCAGAUGCCUCCAUGUUUGAGACCACAGGGUGGGGCAACAGAGUAAAAAGACUUCAGUUGGGAUGCUACCCAGCGCUCCAGUGUCCUAGCCGAAGCCAGCUCCUGUGUCAAAGGCCCCUGAAAGGGAACGUCAUCAGUCAGGUACCAAUGUGGAAGAGUUGUGUUUUUUCAGAAAGGAAGGCCCACCAUAAUCCACUUUCUCUAUAGUGCCUUACUUACCCUUGGGCACCAUUGUGUCAUGGGGCCAGUCUGCUUUGCACAGUAUCCCUGCCGUACCCCACCCCACCCUACCCCAAGCUCACAGGAGGAGUUGCACUGUCCGGGGUGCUGCAGGGACCGUGGGAGGGUGGGUGCCCUGGGGAAGGUGGUACUGAGGACAGUGUGGUUUAGCACUGAAUUAAAUUUGCCCCAGGGUCCUCCUGCUGAUCUUUUCUAAUGAAGGUUUUGGGCAGUAUAUAGCCCGUCUUGCUGGAGAGGGUUGAGAACACACCAAGGCCAGUGUCUCCAUGUCCUGGGCUUAGAUCUGUGCUUUCUGCUGCCCUCAGAGCUAACCAGCCUUAAUCCUCAUCAUCGAGAGUGGCUCCGGACUUCAGAAAAAGCUAUUUUUUAUUAUUUCAUUUUAUCACAAGAAAUGAGUCCUACUACUGUUAUAUACUAGCAGUUAAAAGAACUAAAAGCCUCUCUGUUUCCAUUUCUUUUUCUGUACUGUGGUUUUUAAGACACAGGGUGUCAGAAGAAAUUUGUCUUGAUCACAUCAAGGCCGCUGCCACUUCUCCUUCAACCCAUUUCAUUUCUAAGUCUGGGGUGUUACCUGAGCUGAGAUGUUGUAUGUCCAAGUCCAUGUGUGCCUUGAAAGACAUUUGCCCUAUCUCUCCACAGCCCUGCUGAUCCGUGGCACAUGGUUCUGAGCCAGCAUGGCUCCGCUGCUCUGUGGUUGGGACCAUAGCAGCGACUAGUCAGACUUCCCACCAGUGUCCUAACUCCCCGGCCCCGUUUAAACAAUAUUUAAAGAUUGGAUUUUGUAUAAAGUAGCUUCCAAGUUUUGUAAUGCAUCGUUUUACAUCUUUCGUAAUUAAAACAGCACAGUAAAACGUG